UUGACAUUUCAGUGGAUCAAUAAUACAGAAAUUCUGUGUUGCGAUUUUUAUUAAAAAUCUACAUUUAACUGUGUAUUUGAGGGGCGUUGGUUUUCCAAAUCGAUACGGAAACAGUUCACCACCAUGGCAGACCCCUGGGUGAUACAGCCCCACGAGCACUCCAAGUUUGCGGACCACUUCCGGAACCUGGGGCCCAUAAAUGGCACGCUGACUGGGGAGCAGGCCAAGAGGUUCAUGCUGCAGUCCCAACUGCCUCCACCAGUUCUUGGUCAGAUCUGGUCUCUCGCUGACACCAAUGCUGACGGGAAACUUGACCUUAAGGAGUUUUCUAUUGCAUGCAAGAUAAUAAACCUCAAACUACAUGGUAUAGAAAUACCAAAGACCUUGCCUCCGUCUCUACUUGCAUCAUUAAGUCCAGGUGUCAAACAACAGUUCCCACCACCGAAACCACCUAUACCACCCAUGCCAAACAUGAACCAACCCCUCAUAUCCAAUCUACCCCAAGUUACCCCCCAAAUACCCCCGCAACCCACCCAAAAUCUUUUGGGAGAUUUUAACACACCCUCUAUACCAGCAAAACCUCCAGUACCUGAUUUGAUAUCAGGAGUGAAACCCCCUAUACCAGCGCAACCAAUGAUGCCAACCAACCAGUUGAUCAACCAACCGAUAACAUCUCAACCGUUGAUAAACCAAAUCAACCAACCACUAUCCAAUAUAAAUCAACCAUUGACUUUAAUGCAACCGAUGAAUACAACACAAAAUCUAAUAAACACAACACAAAAUCAACCUUUGACGUCAACUUUAAUCAACUCGUCCCCACCGCAGUUGAUCAACACUCAACCGAAUCAAUUCAAUUCUCAAACGAAUUUGAUCAACUCUCCCCCCCAUCAGAUCAACUCGUCUCAACCGUUGGUAGGUAUUAAUCAACCACUAGUAGGAUCUCCACUAGUGCCUAGUUCCCCUCCUCAAAUGCCUUCAAUACCUACUGGUACCACUAUAGCCUCAGUCGUCAGUCCUCCUAAACCUGGAGUGACCAGUAUAGCAGGUUCGAUGCCCGGUCAACCAGUGACAUCAACUCCCAUCACGGCUGUCAAAAGUGACUCGUUUUCAAAACCAGGCUCACUGGUCACAAGUCCUACAGAGAUGCCUAUGGGGGUGGUCAGUCCACCCCCUGCCGUAGAGUGGGGGAUCCCACAGCCGCAAAAACUCAAGUACACUCAACUGUUCAACGCGACGGACCGUGCCAAAACCGGCUCGGUGUCAGGUGCCCAGGCUCGCUCCAUCAUGCUGCAGUCGCGUCUCCCGCAGCAGACCCUGGCCCAAAUAUGGGCAUUAGCUGACCUGGACUCUGAUGGGAAACUUGGCUGUGAAGAAUUCGUCCUGGCGAUGUAUUUGUGCGAGAGGGCCACUCAGGGGGAGGCUCCCCCUGCCAAACUCCCCGUUGAGCUCAUCCCCCCUACUUUUAGACGCGACUCAGUGUCGAGUAUCGGCAGCAACAAGUCGUACGAAGAGAGACGGAGGGAGAACUUGGCGCGGGGACAGGCAGAGUUGGAGAGGAGACGCUCGCAACUUGCCGACGCGCAGAUGAAGGAGAAGGCGGAGAGAGAGCGCAAGGAGAGAGAGGAAGCGGAGAAGAAAGAGAAGUUGCGUCUCGAAGCGCAGAAGAAGGAACAAGAAGAGUUGCAACGGAAACAGAAAGAAGAACAGGAGAAACGCGAGGCGGCCAGAAAAGAGAUGGAGAGGCAAUGUCAAUUGGAGUGGGAGAAGAAGAGGACAAGGGAGCUGGAAGCCCUGCGCACGGAGGAGCAGACCAAGGUGCUGAGCCUCAAGUCAAGGAGCCAAGCUCUAUCCGCCGAGCUCAACUCGGCCACGCUCAGAGCUGGCAACUUGGCCAAGCAGAUCCGAGACACCAGGACCUCGGUCGCAGCCGCCAAGUGCACCAUCGACUCCAUGCGCUCUGACCGCGACACCAGUAUGUCAGAGAUGCAGCAACUGAAGGCGCGCGUAAAGGAACUGAACGCCAAACAAAUUGCCCUCAACAAGGAGAAGGCAGAACUGGACGCCAAGGCGAAAGCCUCCGAGGGUGCUGGCGAAGACGGGAAGCUGAGCAUGAUGGAGGUCACACUCAAACAGUUGAGGGACAAGGUGGAUGCAGCCAAAGCGGUGGUGGAAAGCAAGAAGGCGGACUUGGAAGCCAACAAGGCGCAGCUGGCAGAGAUGUCUGCCACGGUCAGCCAACUGAGCGACAAGUGUGAGACGGUGUGGAAGCUAUACGAGCAGCGACGAGACGAGUAUACCAGGAACAGGAGCACCGCGCCCGCUGACUCCGCCUGGCAAGCUAAUGCCGACUGGGGUACUUCGGACGAAGCAUGGGGUGCCUCUGAAGAACCCCCCGCCGCCGAAAGUGCUUGGGGAGAUGCUCCCUCUACUAACGCCACAGAAGUGGUGUCGACCACCACAGCGGUGACCACUAGCACGCCAAAGUGGCGCUGUGUCUACGAGUUCACCGCCAGGACUGCUGACGAGUUGAGCUUGCAGCCCGGCGACUUGGUGAGCGAGGCGACGGCACCCCGAGGGGACGCUGAGCCAGGCUGGAGAUGGGGCACUGCCAGAGGUCAGUCGGGCUGGUUCCCAGAGUCGUACGUGGAAGACAUCAAUACUAUACAGGCGUACGCAGAGGUCAUCGAACCGCUGGAGACUAAGACGCAACUCGAAGGUAUAGCAGAAGUACCAGAAGCAGAGAUUACCAACGACCUGGGUGGAGCGAUGCCUACUGUCGAAGGUGGUGACUUCUACAUAGCGGCGUACCCCUACGUGUCCUCGGAGUCGGGAGACCUGACCUUCGAGGCUGGCGAGAGGAUCGAGGUGAUGAGGAGGGACGGCGACUGGUGGACCGGCAGGAUCGGCAUACGCACGGGCAUAUUCCCGUCCAACUACGUCACAAAGGACGCGACGACCAGCGGUGACGUCAUGUCCGCCAUACCCGAGGCGCGCGAGCCGCCCGCCGAGCCGCAGGACACGUACGCCCAACCGCAGCCGCAGCCGCAACCGCAGCCAGAACCGCAGCCGCAACCUGAGCCGCAGAUACAACAAGAGAAGGCAAGCGUUGUCCACACUCAACCCGCCGCCGAGCCGAUGCCGACUUCGCCUCCCUACAACGCAGAACUUGUGCAGAUGCAACAAGACAAAACAAGCGUUGGACACAGCCAGCCAACGGCUGAGCCUACGCCAUCGCCGCCAUACCACGCUGAAAUUGUUCAGGAGCAAAAGUCCUCAACUCCUAUAUCAUCAGAGGUGGCAGCGAUCACCGAGUCAGCGGCCGCGCCCGGCGGGCCUCGCCCGGCCUCGUCGGCCCGCCGGGACUCUGGUCGGGACUCCGCCACUUCCAGGCGAAAACAUGAGGUCGCUCAGGCUUUGGCCAACUAUACGGCUACUAGCUCAGAGCAGCUGUCAUUGAUGAAGGGCCAGCUGCUGAUAGUUCGCAAGAAGGCGGACAGCGGCUGGUGGGAGGGCGAGCUGCAGGCUAAGGGCAGGAACAGGCAGAGCGGCUGGUUCCCCGCCAGCUAUGUCAAGUUACUACAAUCGUCCGGACGCACGUCGGGUCGCACCACGCCCGUCAUGUCUAAAAUGGACACCGUGCCUACUGAGACUGUCAUAGACAAGGUGAUAGCGCUGUACCCGUACGCGGCGCAGAACGCGGACGAGCUGAGCUUCGAGAAGGACGACAUCAUCGCCGUCACCGACCGCUCUCAGGACCCCGCCUGGUGGCAAGGAGAGCUGCGUGGGAUGACUGGUCUCUUCCCAAGCAACUAUGUCACUAAGUUAGUUAACUAAACAAUGGAUUUAGUUUAAAUAUACUUGGCUUCUCGAAAAAUAUAUAAUUAAGAUUAAUUAAAGUAGAACUUGCUCAUACAAAACCAUUGAUAACUUUAUUAAAAAAACCAAAAAAAUAAAUAGUUAUAUAUGUCGUAAAAA